CGAGGAGACUGAGGAAGACAAACAUCCUCCUUUGCUCUGUCUCUCUUCAAUAUGGCGCCUGCAUUAUGUGCCAUUUGCAAGGUUUCUCGAGCCUUGAUAAUCCGGCCGAAGAACCACCAGAAACUCUGCAAAGCUUGCUUCAUCGCUGUCUUUGAGGCCGAAAUCCACCAUACCAUCACCUCCACCUCCCUCUUCUCGCCCGGCGACCGAAUAGCAAUCGGCGCAUCCGGGGGGAAGGACUCGACCGUGCUCGCAUCGGUCCUCAAAACCCUCAACGAGCGCUACAACUACGGUUUAGAUCUGGUACUGCUUAGCAUCGACGAAGGAAUCAAGGGCUACAGGGACGACUCCCUGGAGACCGUGAAGCGGAACGCAGUUCAAUAUGACAUGCCGCUGAAGAUCGUGGGCUAUGCCGAGCUCUACGGCUGGACCAUGGACCAAGUGGUCGAGACGAUCGGCAAGAAGGGGAACUGCACGUACUGCGGGGUCUUCCGGCGGCAGGCGCUGGACCGGGGCGCCAAGAUGCUGGGGAUCAAGCACGUAGUAACGGGACAUAAUGCAGACGACGUCGCGGAAACGAUCCUGAUGAAUCUCCUGCGCGGAGAUCUGCCCCGGCUGGCACGGAGCACGAGCAUCGUGACAGGCGACGAGACGAGCGAGGUCCGGCGCAGCAAGCCGCUGAAAUACGCAUACGAGAAGGAGAUCGUCCUGUACGCCCACCAUAAGAAGCUGGACUACUUCAGCACCGAAUGCAUCUACAGCCCUGAGGCAUUCCGGGGCAGUGCCAGGAGCCUGAUCAAGAACCUGGAGCGGGUGCGGCCGAGCGCGAUCUUGGACGUGGUGCGGAGCGGGGAGGAUAUGGCAAGGCUGGUGCCGGAAGAAGUCACGGGGGUCAGCCAUUGCAAGAGCCAGAAGACCUCACUGUCAAGUGCUGAUGGUGAGGACCAGGGCGCUGGCGGCUGCGGCACGAAUGGUCGCAAUAGCGGUGGGGAGAUGGCGGAGAUGGAAAAGAAGCUGCAGCAAGACGAGGAAGCCGCGGGGCGUGAGAUCGACAUCUCAGCCCUCUCCAACAAUGCAAACGGUCAGCGCCACGAUAGAAUAGAGACGAAGCCCGAGCCACGGAAGGCAGCGAAGAAGGACGUCGGUCGCAAGCUGGUCCGGCAGACCCUCGGCACGUGCCGGCGCUGCGGGUAUAUGUCGAGCCAGGAGAUCUGCAAAGCGUGCAUGCUGCUCGAGGGCCUGAAUAAGAAUAGGCCGAAUAUGCAGAUUGAGGUUGAUGGGGAGGAGGAGAGCUCCUCGUUGCGUAAGGGGAUGGGAGAGAUGGCUCUCGCAGCCGGAUAGUGCAGUCAAUAUCUGAAGCAAACAAUCAAAGAUACAACCAGCUUGCGAUUAGUUUCGUUCGCACAUCCAUU